CAACAUGCUGAGCAGCCUGUUUGUGGACACCUGACAAUAACACAUCAUAUCAUAUGUGCAUCUUGAACAUCCCAUUCCUGAUUUAUUCCCCCUUUGCUGUUAUAAUAAGCUCCACUCUUCUGGGAAGGCUUUCCACUAGAUUUUGGAGCAUGGCUUUUUUUAAUUAUUUUUUUUAUUCAUUCAGCAUUUUUAUUCAUUCAGCUACAAGAGCAUUAGUGAGGUCAGGCAUUGAUGUUAAGUGAGGAUGUCUGGGGUGCAGUCGGUGUUCCAGUUCAUCCCAAAGGUGUUCAGUGGGGUUGAGGUCAGGGCUUUCUGCAGGCCACUCAAGUAGAGUUCUUCCACUCCAACCUUGCUAAAACAUAUCUUCAUGGAGCUCGCUUUGUGUACAUGAGCAUUGUUGGAAAAGGUUUGAGCCUCUUAGUUCCAGUGAAGAGAAAUUGUAAUACUACAGCAUACAAAGACAUCCUAUACAACUGUGUGCUUCCAACUGUGUGUCAACAAUUUGGGAAUGAACCACAUAUGGGUCUAAUGACCAGGCGUCCACAAACAUGGCCAUAAAGUGUAACUAUAAUUUUUUUUUUCUCAAAAAGGUCUUAACAAAAUUCUUAAUAGUGAUAAUAUUCUUACAUUAUAUUAUACAUUAUAAAAGUAGGGUACGGGUUAAAGGAGGCGUGAGGAGGGGGCGUGGCGGUGUGGGCGGGGCGACGGGACAGCUCCUUGCCCUCGUGGCUUUGGAGGAAUCAGCUGAGCAAAGCUCGCGCACGUCGCAGCUUUUUUUUUCUUUCUUUUUUUUUCUUUCAAACAGCUGCACGUUAACUGUGUUUUCUUCACGCGCGCGGUGACAGUGGCACGCUAAUAACUCCGGGAUUCACCGCACUGCGCUUCAUUUAAAGGUGAGUGUGUGGCACCAGUUGGCUGUGGAACCUUGAAAGAGCAUGGCGGUCGCUGAAUGCCCAGACUACUUUGUGCUCCACCCGAAAUACCAGGACAAUGCCGACCACACAUCCUCUCGUGGAUCAGCCAGUCUUAUUCACUUCCAGCAGCAGUCUAAGCCGAGCUCUUCUAAUCACCCAGAUGAUGAUGUCGAUCUAGAAGCUUUGGUGAAUGACAUGACUUCCCUGUCGCCCUAUGAGGGCCUUUACUCUUUUAAGACCCAGCAGUCUGACACCAUCCCUCUUCUGCACAAUGGCCAAGGCACUGGUGCCAAGAUUAACAGGAUUGCUUUGCCUCCAUAUGCGUCAAAUAGCCAAGCGAGGGCUACUCACUCAGCUGCACAGAAAGCCUGUCGCUCCCAGCCUGUCCACAUACUGGCUGUUAGGAGGCUACAGCAAGAGGAGCAGCACGUUCGCCCUGCAUCUCUGCCAGCAAUCCCCAACCCUUUCCCUGAGCUAUGCAGCCCAGCAGGUUCCCCAAUACUCAGCUCUGGUUCAAUGCCACAGCCAUCAGAUGUGCACAUCAUCAAGGUCUUCAGUGAAGAUGGCGUUGGGAAGGUGGUGGAAGUUCCUGCUCAUAUGACAGCCAGAGACGUGUGUCAGCUCCUGGUUUAUAAGAGUCACUGCCUGGAUGACAACUGCUGGACUUUAGUAGAGCAUCAUCCGUUGCUUGGACUAGAGAGGUGUUUGGAGGACCAUGAGAUGGUGGUUCAGGUGCAGGCCUGCAUGUCUCCAGAGAGCAAGUUCCUCUUCAGGAAGAACUAUGCCAAGUACGAGUUCUUCAGAAACCCACUGAAUUUCUUCCCAGAACAAAUGGUGGCAUGGUGUCAAGAGUCCAAUGGCACAAUCCCACCAUCUCAGCUUCUGCAGAAUUUCUUGAAUUCCAGCCGCUGCCCUGAGAUCCAGGGCUUUCUUUACAUGAAGGAGACAGGCCGCAAGUCCUGGAAGAAGCUUUACAUGUUCCUGCGCCGCUCUGGCCUCUACUACUCCACUAAAGGAAUAUCCAAGGAGCCCAGGCAUCUGCAGAUGCUUUCAGAUCUGGAAGAGAACAGUGUGUUCACCAUGACGACAGGCAAGAAAGUGCACAACGCUCCCACAGACUACCAGUUCUGCAUUAAGCCUACUAAGGGCACAACAGAGUUGAAGGAUCUGAAGAUGUUAUGUGCUGAGGAUGAGCAGAGUAGAACUUGCUGGAUGACUGGCUUCAGAGUGUUUAAGUAUGGAAUUCUGCUCUACCAGAACUACAAGAUCCCUCACCAAAGACAGUCACCAGUCUCGAACUUCACAACACCAGUGAGGAGCGUGUCAGAGAAUUCUCUAGUUGCCAUGGAUUUCUCGGGGAGGACAGGCCGUGUGAUUGACAACCCUGUCGAAGCAAUGAGUGCAGCGAUGGAGGAGGGACACAGUUGGAGAAAACGGAGUCAGCGAAUGAAUGUAUCGGGCCACCCUAGUUCUCCGCAUCCAUCCUCUUUAAAUUCAGUGAUCCACCGAACACAACUGUGGUUCCACGGCCGCAUCAUGAGAGAGGAAUCCCACCGUAUGAUGAUGCAGCAGGGUCAGGUGGAUGGGUUGUUUCUUUUGCGGGAUAGUCAGAGCAACCCAAAGGCUUUUGUUCUCACUCUGUGCCAUCACCAGAAAGUCAGACACUUCCAGAUUUUGCCUUAUGAAGAGGACGGUCAGAUCUUCUUCAGCCUUGAUGAUGGUUCCACCAAGUUCACAGACCUGAUCCACCUUGUAGAAUUCUACCAACUUAACAGAGGAGUCCUACCAUGCAAACUCAAACACCCCUGCACCAUGGUGGCCUUAUGACCCCCCACCUUAUACUUUCGAUCAAACUGUCAUUACGUCCUUCUCAACCAUGGCUGAGAACAAAGCAAAAGACCAACCCAGUUUCUCAGUGUCCCUCUUCCAUGAUAAGCUGACACUUUUCAUGUCUCAGACACAACGAACUUUUUCUGAUGCUUUUAUAUCUUGCCUCUGGGAUCGUCGGAGAACUGACGGUUCACUUUGUCCAGUUAAUAUAACACUGCCAAUUUAUUUCUCAUUUUCCAAGCCAGUGUCGUUCACCUCAAGAUUUCAUCCAAUACAAGGCCUCGAUGUCAUCAUGCAGAAGAUUACAAUUGCGAAAAGAUCUGAUCGGAUCAUCAUAUCUUUUCUGUUGCUUAUGCCUUGUCAUGUUACUUGAUAAUAUUUGAUUGGUAUUUGUGGGAUUGCUGAUGUUUUCAUACCUAGUAUUUUGCACUUUCAAGCUGAAAACGGGUGGCCCACUUUACCAUUAAAAUUCCCCUGUCCUCAUUUCAUUCCCCCUCCUUGCCCUGGCCUCAUGGUGAGUGAGCCUCAGUGGGGAAUUCCUGUGUGCUAAUUGGAUUACAGCGCAAGACAGACUUUCACUGAGCCCUGUCGGAGCUUCCUAUUGACAAGGUUACAGCUGACGUGAUACACCAAAUUAUGGAUCAGCAGACCUGAACUGCUGAUUAUCACAUCAUCUGUUGCAUUAUAUUCAGUCCAUGUUAUUCUUCACCAUGUCCUCUUUGCCUUAGAGACCUGAGUGCACUGAGAUAAGGCGGCGUUACGUCCUGUCAGUCUGGAGACUGAGACGUUGCACAGGGAAGUUCCACAUGUUGCACAUCUGGCUAGAUAGAUUAAUUUGAGCCAUGGAUAAAAUGCAUCUUUUUAAUUAUAUUAGAGGGACAAAAAGUCACUUUUAAUUGAAGUGCAAUAUUUUUUAACUACAGCCUAUGGGGGAGUUAAGGAAACUUGACCCAUGCCCUGCGUGGCCGCCUUAAAAACUUGACCCACGCUCAAGUUGCUGAUGUCGACUACCCAGAGCACAAUCACUGAGUUAAACGAUUAGCCCUCUUCUGGCUAUGUAGCAAGUGUUUUUUUUGUUUGUUUUUUUAUUUCUACGAAAUCCUGUAUAGUUAUAAAUAAGAAUUACCUUUA